AUGCUAAACUCGGUCGAAAGUCAACAUAACGACAAGGACAGUGGCCUCAAAAUCCAUAGCCUGUCCUCCACCGAUCUUCGUACCAUUGAGCGCUCGGCGACAUGGAAGAUUGAUCUUUUUAUUGUCCCCCUCGUCGGCAUGUACUUCCUUGUUUAUUUGUUAGCAUCUGACUACUAUCGGCAUAGAAAUAUCGGAAAUGCACGUAUCGCUGGUCUCGAAAAGGAUCUCAAGAUGACAGACCACCAGUUCUCUACCGCUCUCACUGUUACAUACGUUCCGUAUAUCAUCAUGGAACUACCGAUGAACCUUCUCAUGAAACGGAUCGGGGCGAACAUAACCCUCCCAUUGAUGGUGACGCUCUGGGGCAUGGUUACUGCCUGUCAAGGAGCUGUCAAGACCUAUGGAGGACUUCUGGCAUGCCGCUUCUUUCUCGGAGCUCUUGAAGGCGGGUUGUUCCCUGGAAUCGUGUUGUACUUGUCGUCAUUUUACAAGAGACAUGAUAUGCAACUUCGUUUUUCUUGCAUGUUCUCUGUGACCUCACUUGCAGGCGCAUUCUCCGGAUUGUUAGCUGCGGCCAUACAGAAUAUGCAUGGUCUGAGGGGUCUUCAUGGCUGGGCGUGGAUCUUCAUAUUGGAGGGAGUAUUCACGGCAUGCUUUGGCCUUGCUACUUUCUUCAUCAUUCCAGCCACGCCGGCGCACAUGCCUUUCCUCUCAUCUUCAGAAAAGGAAGUCUAUCUCCAGAGUCUCGCCGAUGAUUGGAGUGGCGACUCUGAGAUCGAGGUGUUCCGCUGGUCCGAGGUGACAAGUAUAUUCACGGACGCUCCCCAUAUAUUGCUGGGUUGCGUGCCGUUGUUUUUCAGCGGUGUAACGUUAUUUGGUCUGGCGAACUUUACUCCGACCAUCGUCAACGCUCUUGGAUUUAGCCCUACGCACAGCCAGCUCUUGACAGUCCCUCCCUACGCAUGCUCUUUCUUCAUCAGCAUUCUUUGCUCUUACCUAUCCGACAAGUACAGGCAAAGAGGACUGAUGGCAGUGUUCGUCAGUCUGGUUGCCUCUGCAGGAUACGCUAUCUUCCUCGGGACGUCAAAUAAACACGCGAAUUACGGAGCCCUAUUCCUUCAGAUCAUCGGUGUUUACUCCAUCGCGCCCUGUCUCGGCACCUGGCAGUCCAACAAUGCUCAGCCGCAUUAUAGACGGGCGACGGCCGUCGCGCUUUCUUUCAUUUGUACCAAUCUCGGAGGUAUCGUAUCUACCUGGAUAUUCAUCGGUCCACCACGCUUCCACAUCGCUUCGUCCAUCAACCUAUCCUUUUCACUCGGAAUCGUGGUCUCCUGCUUCCUACUCGUUUUGUAUCUGCAUAGGCUGAAUCACCGAAAACAUGUGGAGGUUGAGAGAUUGCUUAGGGAGGAGGGACCCGGCAUGGAUGGGGGAGCAUGGAACUCGGAGAGUGAGAGGAAGAAGCUGGGGGACAGACACCCGAGGUUCGAGUAUACGUUGUAG